GUAGUAAACUUUGGGUAUACCUCUCCAUUAGGUUUUUGAGGGUGUCUCUCUCUCUCUAUCUGUCUCUCAGGGUGCUCCUCCUCCUCUUUCCUUUUUCUACGUACCUGAGUUUUUUUUUAUUUUGUGAGGAGGAGAGGGUUUUAGGUGCUCCAGCAAGAGAAACUCUCAGAGAGUCUGAAUGGCUGAAGAGAGUUUUGUUGGUGAUUUGCCAGUGAAGAGGCCAAGAGAAGAUGAAGAGAACGGGGCCUUUGCUGCCACUGAAGCCAUGGAGACACAGACCAACAGUAGCGAUUAUAUUUCCUCUGUUAUUCCUGGCUGGUUCUCUGAGAUUAGCCCAAUGUGGCCUGGAGAAGCACAUUCCUUGAAAGUAGAGAAGAUCUUAUUUCAAGGGAAGUCUGACUAUCAGAAUGUCAUGGUCUUUCAGUCAUCAACAUAUGGAAAGGUUCUAGUUUUAGAUGGGGUGAUUCAGCUAACAGAGAGGGAUGAAUGUGCGUAUCAAGAAAUGAUCACUCACCUUCCUCUUUGCUCAAUUGUAAACCCAAAGAAGGUUUUGGUUAUUGGUGGAGGAGAUGGUGGGGUCCUACGGGAAGUGGCUCGGCACUCUUCUGUUGAGCAGAUUGACAUAUGUGAAAUAGAUAAGAUGGUUGUUGAUGUUUCUAAAAAAUUCUUCCCUGACGUAGCCAUCGGGUAUGAGGAUCCCCGAGUGACUCUCCGUGUCGGUGAUGGAGUUGCAUUCUUAAAGGCUGUUCCUGAAGGUACUUAUGAUGCAAUCAUAGUAGAUUCUUCCGACCCAAUAGGUCCUGCUCAAGAGCUUUUUGAGAAGCCCUUUUUUGAGUCAGUAGCAAAGGCUCUCCGUCCAGGAGGAGUUGUGAGCACACAGGCAGAAAGUAUAUGGCUUCACAUGAACAUCAUUGAGGAUAUUGUGGCAAACUGCCGUCAGAUCUUCAAAGGCUCUGUCAACUAUGCUUGGACUACUGUUCCUACUUACCCAAGCGGGAUGAUUGGUUUCAUGCUUUGCUCUACCGAGGGACCCCCUGUUGAUUUCAAGCAUCCAGUUAAUCCUAUAGAUGUCGAUGAUAGUCAAAGAAAAUCAAAACCUUUGAAAUUCUACAACUCAGAGUUGCAUACAGCGGCUUUCUGUUUGCCUUCUUUUGCAAAGAAAGUGAUUGAUUCAGGGGCUGAAUGAUAGAAUGUUGAAGAUCAGUGAAGGAGCAGGCUAAAGCUGUUGUCAAGGGUUUGGUCUUCAUCGUCCCCGAAAGGUCUAUUCGGCAAUGAGCUAUGGAAGAAGUUGAAGUUUAAAUUUAUGUUCUCAGCGAUGGUUUAGUUGAGAGAACUUGAUUACUUUGUUUUUUAUGGAUUUCAAGGGUCAGACCCACCUUAAAAUUAUUAUCGAGAUUAUGAAAAUUUUCAAAAGCAA